UUGCACUGUAUUCUUUGCGGAUUUAGCGUAGCGGAUGAUGAUAAGAUUACAACAGCGGCAACACUGAAACUGUCACUAUCUGUCAAGAGUAGUCAAGGGGUGCCGAAAAAAGGUUUUUUCCUAUUUCAAUCAAAUAAGCUAUCAAAUAUCCAAAAUGGCUUUGGCAUUCCGCAUUGGUUUGAGGAGCUUGGCUAGGAAGCUGCAAGUCCGUAGCUAUGCUGAUGCUCCCUCAGGUGAAGAAAUGGCCCUCACAUUUGCAGCUGGCAACAAGGUUUUCUACGACAAAAAAGUUGUCAAGCAGGUUGAUGUCCCCUCCAUGAGUGGAGCCUUCGGUAUCCUGCCCAAACAUGUCCCCACACUUGCUGUCCUGCGCCCCGGCGUUGUUGCUGUGACCGAAAAUGACGGCAAGCUAACUAAGAUCUUCGUAUCAUCUGGCACAGUAACUGUCAACGAUGAUUCUUCUGUUCAGGUCCUUGCUGAGGAAGCUCACCCCUUGGAAAGCUUAGACCGCAGCGCAGCACAGGAGGCCCUUAGCAAAGCCCAGUCUGAAUUGAACUCUGCUGGUAAUGAGAAGGCCAAGGCUGAGGCUGCUAUCGCCGUGGAGGUCGCCGAAGAGAUCCUCAAGGCGGCGUCAGGUUAAUGAUGUUCACUCAGCGCUGCCACCGAACAGUUAGUGAUAAAACAACUAUUUAAUAUUUACGUUUCUGUAUAAAUAAACACCGUCUCCAGUAGAACAA